AGCGAGCGACACAAGAGUGAGAGAUUCCAUGCUUCGACAAAAUCCAGCAGCAGUGGUCUCUCAAGGCACAUCAACACAUUGAAAAACAACCACACGCAUAGCGUGAGGAGUUCUCAAACAACACAUUGUUUAUGGAAAGGAUUAAACCAUGAAAAUCACAAAAUCCUUGUGGAUGACUUUUCACAAGCCACCAAUUGUGGACAUGGACUCGAGCCGGCGACCUCUCUUGGGGGACAAGAGGGCAAAGGCAGACAAUGGUUUGUCGCAGGCCUGCAGCUCCCACUUGUUGGGUUGCCUCCUCCUUGUAGAGCUCUUCGAGAGGGUGACCUUCUACGGGAUAGUUUGCAACAUGAUACUCUUCUGUACAGUAAAGCUGGGAUAUCCAAACCACGCCGCCGCCACCAUCAACCUGUGCUUCGUCGGCCUCAGUGUCACUGCCGCCACCGUGGGGAGCAUGGCGAAGAACGUGAUCAGCCGGAACCGUAUCAUUUACAUCAGUGCUGUGCUGCAUCUUGCAGGUACAACGCUUCUGCCGGUGAUGGCGUUUCCCUUCGAUGAUUUCUUCAUGGGCCAUGACCACGUGAUCCACAAGCUUUGCCGCUGGCAGCAGGAGCUGCUCCUCUUCGUUGCCCUGCUGUUCAUCGGCCUGGCAGUCGGGGGAUUCAAGGCCACCAUGGGCCCCAUGGUGGCUUCUCAGCUCGGCCAGUGCCCAGGCAUAAAGCUCUUCUCCAUUGAAUGCUUCCAUUGGCUGGUGGGACUGGGGCAGAUGAUGGCUUUCCUGAUCAUUGCAUACAUACAGACAUCGGCAGCAAAAUACGUGGGCUUCAUCAUUCCCUGCAUUUCUCUUCUGCUUGUCUUCGUCACCACGUAUCUUGCAUGGAACUGCCAGGUCAACGGUCCAGGAAUGGGCGUUGGCUUUAGAGAGUGCUGCGGCAUCGUGCAGAACGCGCUGAAGCAGUCCUGGAAAUCGAGUUGCAGGCAAAUCGGAGGAGCUGUGGGCUCCUCGCUGGACCGAGCCAAGGAGAGCUGUGGUGGUUGCUACGCGGAGGCUCAGGUGGAAUGCGUCAAGCUGCUGGUCGCCUUACUGCCCUUGCUCCUCUUCCAGAUCCUCCACCGUGUCUGCAUCUAUCAGGUCCCAUCUACCUACUAUAUCCAGGCCAUGAAUUCCAACCUGAAUGUGAGCGGAUUCCUGAUUCCCAUCGCAGCCAUGAAUUCUGUGAGCAUCGUCCCCACAGUCUUGCUCUCUCCUCUGCUCGUGUUUGCAAUGAGCACCCUACUCAACAUCAGCAUGAUCUCCACCACCAGCAUAGCGGUAGGUCAGGCGUGCGCGGCACUCUCCAUGCUGUUGGCUGGAGUGAUGGAGCUGUACAGACGCAGCUGCAGCCCCACGGAACAGACUCUGUCUGGGAAGGUGUUCCCCAUCUCCUCCAUGCCGUGCUACCUGCUCCUGCCCCAGUAUCUGCUUCUGGGCAUGGCUGACGCGCUUGCCGCACCUGCCACUUACCGGGUGCUGUGUCGACUGGCCCCGCACGGUGGCCAGGCCUUGGCCAAGAACGUCUUGGGUUUGUGCAACGGGGCAGCUGGCAUCCUGGGCACAAUCCUCGUGCAAGCUGUGCACCACCUGUCGUCCGGAUCACUCUACCCUGACGAUCUCCAACACGGGUACCUGGAAGGGUAUUUCUUUCUCCUGGCCUUCUUCAUGUGCAUCAACAUCUAUGCCCUGUGCAUAUACACACAGAGGUAUUCAUUGUUGCCAGUGAGGGAGGAAGGACCGCCGGUGGCAGGGCAGAGUUCCCUGGCACAGAAGCUUCUGGAGCACGAGAAAUCAUUCGCCUUUUACGACAGCACCUUGGAAGGAUCGGCAUUCGCCUUCUCACCGGACGACGACUUGCAUGGGUUUAUCUAUGCCUGAGUCAAGGAUGGCACGUUUUACUCUGAUGAUGUACACCUGUGAAUGUUUACAGUCUAUGAAUGUAUUUAAAUGAUGCUUGCACGGUCGAUAUUUAAAUGAAACGUUGUGCCUUUGAACUGUGGUUCCUAUUGCACAGUAAUUUAAAGGCUGUUUUCAUAUCGCAGACACCUGGGAGCCAGAAAUCUUUUUGAUUGAGAGGGGGUCAAAUACUUAUUUCCCUCAUUAAAAUGCCA